AAAAAACACAAGCAGAAGCAGAAGGAUUAUUCAGAAAUGAUAUGUGACCGAAUAGCGUAUGAGUGCGUGUGCCAAAGCAUAACAACAUAAAAUUCAGAUUAACCAAAGAACAGAACAGAAUAGUGUGUUUUGGCUAUGGCCUCCUUCACCAAAUCACUCAUUCUUUUUCUUUUCAUUGAAUUUUGCUUCUCAGUUUUACCUUCAUCAUUCGCUCAAUCGCCUGUCCCUGGGUCUUCCGAAGGUUACACCAUUUAUGGUCGAGUCAAGAUCCCAAGUUUUGGAAACAGAGAAUUUAGCCUUCCUGCAAAAGUAUCAAAUGUCAAAGUCAUACUUAAUGGUGGUCAAAGAGUUUCUUUUGUGAGGCCUGAUGGAUAUUUCUCAUUCCACAACGUGCCUGCAGGGACUCAUUUAAUUGAAGUGGCUGCAAUAGGCUAUUUCUUUUCUCCAGUACGAGUUGAUGUUAGUGCCAGAAACCCUGGCAAGAUUCAAGCAGCACUGACAGAAAAUAGGAGGGGGCUCAGUGAGUUUGUCUUAGAGCCAUUAAAGGGGGAACAGUAUUAUGAGAUUAGGGAGCCAUUCUCUAUUAUGUCCAUUGUUAAAAGUCCAAUGGGUCUGAUGAUGGGAUUUAUGCUGAUUGUUGUCUUCCUUAUGCCCAAAUUAAUGGAAAACAUGGAUCCAGAAGAAAUGAAACGUGCUCAAGAAGAAAUGAGAAAUCAAGGAGUUCCAUCUUUAGCAAGCUUGUUACCGGGUGCUGCAAGAAGCAACUAGUUGUACAAAUAAUCACGAGAACCAGUGAGCAAGUUGGUUUUGCUGAGCAGGAGCAGAAGAUACAUUGUGUAACAUGAUUAGAGAAUUUGGUUAUAACAAAUUGGUGCUUAGAGAAAUGUUUGAUUAUUUACGUUGUGGAAUUGUUGAAUUUGAAAUUUCUGAUAGAGAUGUUAUGUUAGCAUGUUUAAAGUGAACUGACAUGAAUAGGCUUCCAUGUAACUGUGUUCACUUUCUCCAAUGUUGAUAACCAUGCACUGCCAAAAUGGAUAAAAUAGAACUCAAGGAAGGGACAUGAUAUUUGGUUUUAUGGUGAGAUUGAUAAAAUUACAAUGAGUUACUGUGAUUUUCUAAAA